GUCGUCUACUUCCGGUUCAUCCGCUCGUCGAGUUUUGUGGCGCUGGUGUUGUUUUGUGUUCGUCUGAGAUCAAACUUUCUGGUUCGACAUUAAUACGCCGGGAUAAAUAACUUCCUCCCGCUUGCGGCGUCUCGUCGGUUUAUUCACCGGCACGAUGACGGAGGACGUGCAGAAACACUCCGUCCACACUCUGGUCUUCAGGUCUCUCAAGAGGACUCAUGACAUGUUCGUGUCCGACCACGCGAAGUCCGUCGCACUGGACGACGAAAGCCACAAGGUGAAGAUGGGUGUGAAACUCAAAACGGAGUACGGAGCGGUUCUACACAUGCCCGUCCUGAAGGAAGGGAAAGACCAAGUCCCACAUCUACCAGGCAUCAUGCAGGGCCACCAGAGCUACACGCAUCCAGAUGACCCAGAAUACCUGAUCACCGGGACACACGCGUACCCCUCUGGACCCGGAGUCUCCUUGACUGCGGACACAAAGAUGCACAGAAAUCCCAGCGAGGGAGGAGUCCACUCCAUGGCGUUGGCUUUGCCGCCCUCACAAGCCAGGCAGGACUUGAGUCGCACCGCAGCCGGUGUCGGUGACAUCCAUCGACACGCAGGAGCAGCGGAGCGAUCUCACCCUCACUCGACUGCCUUGUCGCUCGUGGAAGGAGGCGGCACCCGAAAUUCUGCACUCAUGAGGAAAGCGCCAACCAUGCCCAAACCCUCGUGGCAUCCACCCUGGAAACUGUUUCGGGUCAUCAGUGGUCAUCUUGGCUGGGUGAGGUCCAUCGCAGUGGAACCUGGGAAUCAGUGGUUUGUCACAGGGUCGGCUGAUAGAACCAUUAAGAUCUGGGACCUGGCCAGUGGGAAGCUGAAACUCUCCCUGACUGGACACAUCAGCACGGUGCGCGGCGUGGCGGUCAGCAACCGCAGCCCCUACCUGUUCUCCUGCGGCGAAGACAAGCAGGUCAAAUGUUGGGAUCUGGAGUACAACAAAGUCAUCCGGCACUACCACGGACAUCUGAGCGCCGUGUACGGCGUAGACCUGCAUCCAACCAUUGACGUGUUGGUGACGUGCAGCAGAGACGCCACAGCGAGGGUGUGGGACAUCAGGACAAAAGCCAACGUGCACACGCUGACCGGACACACCAACACCGUGGCCACAGUGAAGUGCCAAGCUGCAGAGCCACAAAUCAUUACCGGCAGCCACGAUGCAACAAUCCGACUGUGGGAUCUGAUCGCCGGGAAAACCAGAGCUACGCUGACCAACCACAAGAAGUCGGUCCGAAGUGUGGUGAUGCAUCCCAGACAAUACACGUUUGCUUCUGGUUCUGCUGACAACAUCAAGCAGUGGAUGUUCCCAGACGGCAACUUCAUCCAGAACCUGUCGGGCCACAACGCUAUAAUCAACACUCUGGCUGUUAACUCCGAUGGCGUAUUGGUGUCUGGAGCCGACAAUGGAACCAUCCACAUGUGGGACUGGAGGACAGGCUACAACUUCCAGAGGAUUCACGCGGCCGUGCAGCCCGGCUCUCUGGACAGCGAGUCGGGCAUCUUCGCCUGCAUGUUCGACAACUCGGAGAGCAGACUGAUCACCGCCGAGGCCGACAAGACCAUCAAAGUGUACAAGGAGGACGACACCGCCACGGAAGAAAGCCAUCCAAUCAACUGGAAGCCAGAAAUCCUCAAGAGAAAAAGAUUCUAAUGAUUUUUUUUUUAUUAUUAUUUGUUCAUCAUCAGUAACUAUCUUAAAUUUUUAUUUCUACCAAACCUCCCGUUGUAGAUACACCGGUCAAGUCUUGCUCGUUAGUGCUUUUUCAUCGGGCAAAUUUCUUCAUAACCCCCCCAGAAGAAAAACAGAUUUGUCUGCUUUAUUCCAAAAACCACUUGCACUCUUCGUCAUACGCCGUCAGUCCGAUGAAGUGGCCGUUUUGAACCGCCAGGUAGAGCCCCGAGUGUUUGUUCUGGAUGAUGACGGCUCUCUUGUGGCUCUGGUCGGUCUGGUCGACCAAAAGCAGCCACUCCUCAGACGCCGAGGGACUGGCCUCCGUGUGGACCCGGUUCUUGCUCGGGUCAAACCCUGCGGAAAAACAAAAAAGAACGAGGGUGGUGAAAAUUGAUAGAGAAAUAUUGUUUUGUACUGAUUCAGAAGAACCACCAGUUGUAAAGACUUUGCCGUUUUUUUUUCUGGAUCGCACUGUAAAAUUUAUUUUGCUCCAUUUAAUAAAAACCACAGUUUUCACA